ACAAUGAAGAAUUACUUAACAACAAUUUUUAUAUUUCUAAUAGUUAAUGCUCAAGUGGAUUUUUCAACAUCCGAUGGAGUCCCUUUACUCACUCAAACGAUUUAUGGAUUUUUGGACUUUACAACCACCAUUGGUAAUACGGUUAUGGUAUUUUCGCCACAAAGUGCUCCACCACCGACACCAAAUAGUCCACCUCCACCACCCGUGACAACCGAAGAACCCAUAUUGAUUAAAACUACACCCUUGGAAACUGUGGCACCCAAAGAAGCCGAUGAAUCGACUAUUAGUCCUACCAAACUAAAACCCUCUUCGACGACAACAACAACCUCCACCGGCCAUCAUGAAGAAAGUACAACGAAACCAAAAGUUACGGAAGUGAAAACAUCGACUACUACAGCAUUGACGACAACAACAACAACCACGACAGCCGCUAAUGUACCGGCAUCACAGGUUACUGCACAAGAGCCAGCAGCAGCAACAGCAAAUACCGCCACAUCAAAAGCCAAACCAGUUCAGUUGCCCAAAAGUGUAACACAAAAAUCAGCAGCAUCAUCAUCUUCUUCGUCGUCUUCCUCUUCUCACUCCACAACACCAUCCAUAAUAAUCGAUAAUGUUGUCCACGAUCCGGAAUAUGAUUUACUUUCACGACAACCACCACAAUAUGUUGAAGAAAAUUAUCGUGUGGUUAGUUUGAGACCAAACAAUAAAAAUUCCCGCCCAGCCGUUGUUGUUACACCCGAAAAGAAUACUGCCUCCACCAGUAGUGUUUUGGCCACCAGAGUUACGGCUUCCACAGUGGCUUCAUCCAGUCGUUCGCAUAAAAAUAAAAAACAUAAAAUUCGAUCAUCAUCGACUUUGCAAGUUCUAAAGACAGCUGCUCCGGUUCAGCAUCCCAAAGUGACGGCUAGUUCUAAGGCACCAAGUCAUCGCAGCAGCAGCGGAUCUUCUAGCUCAAGUUCAAGAAAAAGCGGUAAAAAGGGGUCGCAUCGCACAACCAGCACUACUACAACCACACCACAGCCCCAAGAAGAUGUUGUCAUUGUUAAGUCAUCGUCAUCAUCAUCGGGUUCGCGUAACAAGCCCAAGAGGAAAAACAAAAACAAACAUUCAUCAUCAUCUUCAUCGUCAUCAUCGAGCACAACAAAACCCAGAUACAGCAGCAGCGGCACCACAACAACCACCACCGAGGCCACCGUUAAACGAGCAUUUAAACCCAAACUACAAAUUUCCAAUCCCGAUUUAGAAAGUAACAAUAAUUUACAUAUUACGAAAUUGAAUCGCACUCCCGGUCGUUGGCAAUACAAAACCUCACCGAAACCGCGUGUUUCGAUACGUAAACCAAAUGUAGAGGUAAAUGGCCCAUUGGGCUUGGCCAAUGUCUCAUCAGUAUAUCCGGAACCGGCUCUAUCUGAUAAUUUCCAAAAUAAUAAUUUCCUCAACGGUAAUGGAAUUUACAAUCAAAGCGACUUGGAUUUUGAAGGUUCACAAAAUGGUGCCGUUCUCAAUAAUAUCGAUCAAGAGGGUAAACAAAAAUAUUUUACCGAAACGAUAAAUGUGGAGAUUUCAACACCCGUCGAUUUUAAGGAUACCUAUUAUGAGAUUGCCACCAUUAAGAAGCCUUUUAUAUUUCAGGCUGGCGUUUUGAAAAAGACCCGCUAUAUUACGGUAACCUCAACCAUUGAAAAGUUCCUAACAAGUGAACCAUCAAUUGAACCACGCAAUGAUGAUGAACCCUUAACCGAAAAUAUUUUAGCGGCAAGCGAGAAACCAAGCAGCGGCCUACUAAUGGGUAGUGUUAUAACCUUGGCCCCCAUUUAUGUUAACAACGACUCGUACACCCCCUAUUUGGAAACGGUAACCGAAUCCUUCAGCGUCGUCAAUCAAAAAUUAAAAACACAAAUUCUACCGGUUAUCAAUGAACUACAUAAUCUAACCUCAUAUCACACCUUAGUUCAAACCAUAGAUAUGACAAGCUUAAUAACCGUGGUCAAGACCACUUCUCCCGAUAUGGAAACUAAAGAUUUCCAUGGUUUCCAAGAUUUUGUUGGCAAUCUGGAUGAAGCAGGUUCGGAAAUUAAUUUAGAUUUGGAAUUCGGUGAUGAGAAUAACAAUCAAGAAUCUAGCCACGAAUCGGGACAUAAACACCACCUGGAUCAUUUGGAUGUUUUGGGACAUGGUAAUAAAACCUCCGCCGCCAUAUUGCCAACUCUUUCGACAGAUCCACAAAAUCUUUUCCCCAAUAUCAUUACAAAUUCCCGACCGGUCAUUAAAUUGGAAACUAUAUGGGAUUCAUAUGUUGUACCCAUUACAAAUGGACCAUCAACAUUCUAUCGCACCUUGUCCAAGGCUAAGGGUGUUGUAGAGAAGACCGAAUAUGUUGUGGACACCACAACAGUACCGGCACCAAUACUGCCACCAACAUCAUUGCCUAAUCCAUUCCUAUUGCCUCAGUUGCAACAAUUCCAAACUAUCACAUCACCUGUCGUACAACAAACCGUUGUUACACAGACAGAAAGUAAGGUAUUGAAAUUGACAUUUGGUGCAAAGACGGCAUACACCACGCUCUAUUCGACACAUGUGGUACCCACGGUCCAGACAACAUAUGUAACGACAUCGGUGCCGGUUCAACCAACAGCUAAUCCAUUCCCUGGUUAUUUCCCACCUGCCUAUAAUCCAUUUGCAUAUUUAGGUUAAAUGUCGAAAACAAAA